AUGGUCUCGAAGUUUCUCACUGCUAGCUUUUGCUUAGUUGCUGUAGCAUUUGCUCUUCCGAAUCCAGAAGAGCCCACCAGCAAUAAGCGUCGACAGUAUGUCCAGCCGUUAGCGGGUGCCGCUCAAGUUCCCCGAAACGUGCAACUUGCUGCGCCUCUAGCAGCUCCAGCGAUUCCUGUGGCACCUGCUCCUCCAGUGAUGGCAGCCGCUCCAGUGGUAGCAAUGCAGCCAGCCGUUGUUGCCCCUACAGGCCAGUGCCCAGGAGGACCAUCGCUUCCGAUCGAAUGCGACCCCAAACGCCCUUGGCCACAGUGCCCUCCUCAAUCCUACUGUUACGCCACCAACUCCGUCGAUAUCGGGCCGUACUUUUGCUGCCCCGUUUGGUCGACAUAUGGAGCUGCUUGGAGACCAGCCACUCCUUUCUAUAACUAUGUUCCACCUAUGCCAGCUAAUUGGCCUGAUGUUAUGAAGGUUACUGCUAACUGGCCUGCAGCGGCUGUUGCAUUCCCAGUCAAAGCUAGAAAGCCGGUGUCAACCCAGGGCGAGGAAGAGGAAGAAAGCAAAAUUGGUUCCUCUAUCAAUCAAUGGAUGGAUAGACAAGCGAAAUUGUGA